AACAUCUGAACACAAACCGACGCCACCUGUACAGGGACAUCCAUCAAACAUCACAUAACAGCGUAGUCUAUUAUUCUAUCGGUGUUCAUUUAAAUUUAACACAAUUAUUACUUAAAUUCUUACACUUACCUGAAGCUAGCAGUAGAAUCAGUAGAUGAAGUGUAUUUUCGCUAAGAUAUAAAAUGGUAAAUGUUAUACAAGAUGUUAAACAAAUAAAAGGAACACAGAAAAUCGUUUUGCACUUGUUAGCCCACUAAAGCAUCCUUUUGCAUCAGUUGAACACUAGUGGUACUUCUCUGAGUCCAAGUCCAAGCUUUUUUUAAGGCUGUGACAUGGUAUGUAUUUUAAAGAAUCAUGAUAAAAUGAUUGGCAAACAUUUUGUUAAAUAUUUAAGAGUAGUUUUUGCUUCGCUUAAAUCCCGCUAGGGUAGCAUCCAUUUAGUUUUCUCACUCCCUGGUAAGAUAUUCAUUUUGAAUUAAUGUAAAGCUAAGUAAAAUAUUGAAACCAAUAUGGGAUAUACUUUAUAGAAUUAAUUUUUAAAAAGCAGAAUCCUACAUUUUAUUUUCCUUUAUCCUCUAAGAAAUGCUCCAUGGCAACCCCAUGAAACAUGUGAAUGUAUUCCAGAGCUAUGAUGAUUUAUCAGUUUGUUAAUUGAUAGAAAAUUAUGACUUGGCAACUACUUUGAUAAUAAACUGAUUGCUUAAGUGAUUUCUUAAGCAAAUGUUUCUGUCAGACAUUGUCUGGUAAAGAUUUGCUGAUUUUUCCCUGGUAAAACUGUAAAUCUUUGGGGAAGGGAAAAUGUCAUUGUCCUUUUUGGACAAGUUUCCAAAUUUAUAUUUGAGAAAAUGGUCUCACAUAAAGGUUAAAUGAAAAUAUUAAAUAUGAAUAGUAUAUAUGAAUGGUUAAUGUAAAUUACAUUAAAAUACAAUAUUUGGCACAUAAAUGGUAUCUGUCUAUGGUUUCCAAUACUUAAAUGAAGUCAAAUCGAAUAAAUAAUCUCAUAAGACUCCAUUAUUAGCUCAUGGUAACGUAAAAAUAACGCUAUUCUUGAACUCAUUUUAAGGUACGAUUUUAACAAUUUCAUUCUAUUUGAAAAUUACAGAAUUUCACAUUUAUUUGUGCAUUAAAUCCCUCUGUGUAGUCUAAAUUCUGCACUAAGACUAUAGAAAUAAAAAGACAACAUGUGUAAUAUGUGAUCAUGGAAUACAAACUCCACACUUAAUGUUUUCCAAUAAAUUCUGUAUUUGUGCGGCCACGACCUUGACCUUAAAUAACCCGAACAUCAUGCUAGAGAAUUACUAUACACCUACACCACCUUCUCUUUUCAGUAUAUUUUAUCUUACCUGAUGCGCAGAUGUGUCAUCGUGAUAAAUGAGGUGAACUUUUGCAAGUCGUUAAUCUUCCUUCUUCUUCUUCUACAUGAUGUGUUUUGGUCUGUCCCAAAGAGCCUUUAUAUUUGGCUUUAUGGAAAUUCUGUUUGCGUUUGACCAUAGCAAGCGCAUAUUUGCAUUUCACAAAUAAAUUUUAAGACGCAAGUAGAGUUAUGUGGGGAGAGGAUGAUGAUGAUGUCAUGUCUGUGUUUUUUUUAUCUAUGAUAUCUAUAAAUCUAUAGAUAGCUAAACUGAGAGAUACAGUAGAUGAAGGUUAGAAAAUCCCACAUUUAUAGCAGCAGUUCUGUGGAAACGGGUCACACUUUUCUUAUAGAUUUUAGAUAACUUGUUGAAUAUAUAUGUUGAAGUGAUUUUGCAGUUCAUUCAAAGAUAAAAUCUUAAAAUGUAGUCACAGUGAACAGGUUUCAUGUAACUGUUUGGAAUAACCUGGAGAGCACCAAACUUCACUUUCCUCUCUUAAAUCAUCUUUCAGGUUAAACAUUCAGCUUUUCUGUCAUUGUAGAAAUAAGACUGCAUCAUUUGUAACCGACACCAAAUACUGCAGCGAUGGUCAUCACCUUUCUAUUCUGGGCCUUUGUGUGGUGAUAGAAAUUGUCUUGUUUUUGUCCUGUUAUUCUUUCUCUUCUGUAUUUAUCUCAGCUCCUGCCACCUGUCUUCCUGUCUCUUAUUUCAGUGGUGAGGUCAGCAACAAACCCUCCACUUAUUAUCCUGUCUGUCAGACUUCAGCUUAUGCCCCCAAAAGCUACCAGUAAUCCACAUACAUUCCCCGUCCCUCUUUUCUAAAUGUUUUCCCAUGUGUGUGUUCCCCAGUCCCUUGCUCCAACUCAACCAUCCCUUCAGCAUGUCCUAAUAUGAACCCUAAAACCAGGUAUGAACACUUAUUUAUCUGGAACCACCCACACCCUCUCUCAGCUCUAAAACUAAAAUAACCUGAAGCCAAGUCGUUCUACCAGAAUGACAUGAUUACAUUAAGGCGAUUAGAUUUUUGCUCCUUGUAAUGUGACUUUAUAAACACAGCUAUGUCCCCACAACACCAGUAACACAACUACAGACAUGCACACACCUCCUUGUUACCCCAGAGGACCCCGUAUAUAAAGCUCUGUUUAGUUUCCCCUCUAGUCGUUGCUCCUUUUCAUCACCAGUGAACAUCUUUAUCCUUUGCUGUUCAGGUAAGUGCUUUGACUUUUCCUCUAUAACACUGUCGUCCUAAAACAAGAUGUUUCUUCUUGUGCAGUCCUCUGAUAUAUUUACACUCAUUCUGCUAAUAUAUACUGCUAAUUAUGUAAUUCUGCGAUUUUCGGGGAGCAUGUACACCGCUGGGUUUGAUUACACAAUGUUGUUUAUGAGCAGUGAACAUUUUAAAUGUGCUAUCCAACAAUUCAAAUGAAUAGAUUCAUUUCCAGACACUAAAAAAACCCCAACUUUGGUCAGAUCAGUUUGUGUAAAGCAGCUAUAAUCUUUUUUUUUUUUUUUUUUUUUAAUGGGUCAAAUAACACACGUGAAGAGAGUCUCUGAUGGCUUUGAACCCAAAGAGAAUCAUCACAAAAGCUGAUGUUUCUCUCAUUGUGUUUUUUGCUGGAUGUGUUGGUGGGACAAUGUGUAAGUGCUGCGUGCAAACAGUAAAACAUUUAUUGUAUAAUUUUUAACAAAUGAUCAAGAUGUUCUAAAUUUUUCAAACCAACCGUGUAUGAUAAGUGAUUCAGUUUCCUUGUUUUAAUCAGGGCCAUCACAAUAUCAGAUUUUCACUGCACGAUUAUGAUGACAAAAAGAAUUCCCGAUAACAAUAAUUUUGCAAAAUCUUUAGAUUAUUUGUUUUUAAAUUAAUGCUAUCAGCCUAGUUUAUCUUUAACAUUGUUUAUUGUGUGUUUUGUCUCUUUUGGCAAAAGGAAUUACAUUAAAAAUGCAAGUAUAGGGAGUUGGAGAGAGUCUGUAAACAUAAAAGUAUUGUAUGUUAUUCUAAUGUCGAUGUGUCAACCACACAGUUGCUGGUGCUGGAAUAUUUUGCGAUACCAGCCAUCAAGAAAUGUAUUUAUUUGAAUUGUACAAAUCACAAAUAUAAUAUAUUCAACAUCUGUUUGUUCCAGUUAAUCAGAGAUGCUAUAUUAUGUUAAUAUUGAGUGAAAUAUGUACAUACAUUGCAUAUCUUCACAACUUGUGUGUAAUUUGAUAGAUAUUUUAGGCUGCAGUAUUGGACAUCUUUGAGAUUUUGACUAAAUUACAAUAAAACUCAAUAAACCACAACUGCAUGAUAAAAUAUAAGACAUUUGACACUGGCCCACCAGAGUGGAUGAAGGUGGAAUAUAUAUCUGAAAUGAAACCUGCUCCAUCAUGACAUGAAGUUAUUCUUGGUGUCCUUGGGCUCUCUGUCCAUCUGUCCUGCUCAGUGUGACUCUGCUGGUCAGUUUAGCCAACAGUGAAGCGAUGCGUCGAAUUCCUCUCCCAAUCCUUCAUCUGCCUUUUGUCCGAGCCCCUGUUUAUUCAGAUUCACAUGCUCAUACUUUGAGAUCUUGGCUAAAAACUAACCAUGAAGGGAUCUGAGAGGCUCGGCCGGCCUCAGCGCUUGAUCUAGCAUGUUAAUACGGCCAAAGACAGGCAGUCUGGGAAGGCUUUCAGUUGUUUGUACAGAAAUGAGUGCUCUGAAAAUUAGCCUAUCAUAGCUGCGUCUAGCCAGAAACCCAUUUGUCUGUUUAUUUGGUUUAACUGCAUCUCAUCAGACAGCUUUGACUUUGCACCCCAUAAAUAUAAAAUCUGCUUCAACAAGUCACAGUGAAAUAUGUAUAGAAACUUCUGAAGUGUUGGUGAGGAAUGCUAAAAUAUUUAUGGGGCUUCAGUUCAGUGAGACUGUAAGUAGAUGAAAUGAUAAUAGAGGACUUGGCUGGUGUUAAUAGCAGCCAGCCGACCAGCUUAAUCUGUCCAUCCCACAUUCUCUCUUGUAAAUCAAAUUAAACAAGAAGGAUGGGACAGCUGGUACCUCACUCCUAUCCUGGGUAACAGGAUGCUUCUCUGCUCUAUUGUCCCUCAGGCCUCUUCUAUUCCUGGACUGUUAGCUACAAAGAACCUUUCCCUUAAUCUUAUUCUUUAAACGAUGCUGUAACUCACAUUGAAAAGAUGCUGUCUUGUGUUUGGUCGUUAGGCAACAAAUGUGUAUUUUCAAUGCAUAGAAAAGCUCAGCCAUCAGGGAUGUGUAAGAAUAGUAUUUCAUUAGAAGGAAAAGUACAAGAAUCUUUUUCAGAUGCAUCCCGGUGACAAUCUUAUUCUAAAAAUGUUAUGGGAAAGUUCUGCAAAGUUCUACUAGUGUUAUCCCACAAUGUAUCAAUCUAUCAUCUAUCAUCACCUGUUUUUCUGCAUGAUAAAUCCCUUUAUGCCACAGUUUUUGUGUUUUUGGGUCACAUACUUGUAUCAUUUACUUAUGCAGGCAUGAGGAAUCAUAUAAAGGCUUUUAUCAAUGUGAAUUUACCCAGAACAAAAAAACUAUUGCAGCAAAAGUUCAGAGAGCACUGAAUGGAACAAAGUUGUGUUUUAUUGUUUUUGAGUUAGACAAAUAAAUGAAACAAACCAUGUUGCUGGCAUAAUACCAUUUAGGAUAUAAUCUGCAAAUUUAUGAAGCCACUGUCCUUUUUUUUUUGUUGGUGAAACUACAAUUAAAGAUAUGAUUUAUGAUUUUCAUAUGUCUGGUUUUCUCUCCAGUGGCACCAUGUCUUAUUCAGAAGAACAUGGUGGGCAUCAGGAGGAAGAGGAUGAGGAGCAGGGGGAGGGAGAAGAACGCCCCAAAUACAAGCCGCUGGUGACACAGCUCGCUGCGCCAAAAAUCCCGGAGGGGGAGAGGGUCGACUUUGAUGACAUCCACAGGAAACGGAUGGAAAAAGACCUUCUGGAGCUGCAGACUCUGAUUGAUGUCCACUUUGAGCAGAGGAAGAAAGAAGAAGAGGAGCUGAUUGGACUGAAAGCCAGAAUUGAGAGUCGGCGGGCAGAAAGAGCUGAGCAGCAGCGUGUGAGGGCUGAAAAAGAGCGAGACAGGCAGACACGGAUUGCGGAGGAGAGACAGAGGAAAGAGGAUGAAGAGGCGAAGAAGCGAGCCGAUGAUGAGGCCAAAAAGAAGAAAGUGCUCUCCAACAUGGGCGCUCACUUUGGAGGCUUCCUAGCAAAGGCAGAGCAGAGACGAGGAAAAAGACAAACUGCAAGAGAAAUCAAGAAGAAGACUCUGUCAGAGAGACGCAAGCCGUUGGCUAUCGAGAACCUGAGAGAGGACGGCCUGAGAGAGAGAGCCAAAGAGAUGUGGGAAUGGAUCUACCAGCUGGAGUCUGAGAAGUUCGACCUGACUGAGAAGAUGAGGAGGCAGAAAUAUGAGAUCAAUGUCCUCCUGAACAGAAUCCAACAUGCUCAGAAAUUCAAAAAGGGCCACGGUAAGGGGAAGGUUGGAGGACGCUGGAAGUGAACUCUCACACACAGGAGCCAUAAAAAAACAGAAGACUGUUCUUUAGUUUCAGGACAAGGUUGCAGCAGUUUUGCAGUGUUUAUCAUUGAGCGGCACUAGAUACGAUAGAUUUUUGUGUGUCCUUUACUUUAAAUGCAUCCCCUGAAAUUCGCAUCUGUAGUUAAUAAAAUGCAUGAAUGCACAACGUAUUUCAGCAUUGGACAUUUAGAAUUUUUCUGCUGAAAAUUCAUGACAGCUGCUACAAAGAACUAUGACUCACUAGCUGAGGUCUCUCGCAGUUUUAAACUUCCUUAUGAAGGACAAAUAAAAUGUGUUUGCAUAAAA